UGUCUCUCUGCCCCCCAAUCUCCGUCCGUCGCCACAUGAAUCCGGUCGAUCCACCGCUGCGGCUGCGUUGAUCGAUCCUAAUUUAACCGACAACCGACCGAAAGUAGGAGAGCCGCCGCCGGGGACGAGGAGGACAAUGACAGCAGCAGGGGCGACGACGAUGCGCGCCUGCAGUGCGGCGCUGCUGCUGCUGGCGGCGCUGUCGACCGCCGUGCGCGCCGAGGACCCGUACCUCUUCUUCGAGUGGAAGGUGACGUACGGGACGAGGUCCCCCAUGGGCGUGCCCCAGAAGGUGAUCCUCAUCAACGACAUGUUCCCUGGACCCACCAUCAACUGCACCUCCAACAACAACAUCGUCGUCAACGUCUUCAACCAGAUCGACAAGCCCUUCCUCUUCACCUGGCACGGGAUCCAGCAGCGGAAGAACUCGUGGCAGGACGGCAUGCCGGGCACCCAGUGCCCCAUCAUGCCGGGCACCAACUUCACGUACAAGAUGCAGUCCAAGGACCAGAUCGGCACCUUCUUCUACUUCCCCAGCAUCGGCAUGCAGCGCGCGGCGGGAGGGUACGGGCUCAUGUCCGUGCACAGCCGCCCGCUCAUCCCGGUCCCCUUCGACCCUCCCGCCGACGACUUCUCCGUGCUCGUGGGCGACUGGUACACCAAGGACUUCGCCGUCCUCGAGAAGCACAUCGACACCGGCAAGAGCAUCGGCCGCCCCGCGGGGCUCCUCAUCAACGGCAAGAACGAGAAGGACGCCUCCAACCCGCCCAUGUACAACGUGGAGGCCGGCAAGACGUACCGCUUCCGCGUCUGCAACGUCGGCAUCAAGUCCUCGCUCAACGUGCGCGUGCAGGGGCACAUGAUCAAGCUGGUGGAGAUGGAAGGCUCACACACCGUGCAGAACGAGUACGACUCGCUGGACGUCCACGUCGGCCAGUGCCUGUCCUUCCUCGUCACGGCCAACCAGAAGCCAGGGGACUACCUCCUGGUGGCAUCCACACGCUUCAUCAAGGAGGUGAGCACCAUCACGGCCAUCAUCCGCUACAAGGGCUCCAGCGUCCCGGCGUCGCCCAAGCUGCCCGAGGCGCCCAACGGAUGGGCCUGGUCCAUCAACCAGUGGAGGUCCUUCCGCUGGAACCUCACGGCCAGCGCGGCCCGGCCCAACCCGCAGGGGUCCUACCACUACGGGCAGAUCAACAUCACGCGCACCAUCAAGCUCUCCACCAGCCGCGCCAAGGUGGACGGCAAGGAGCGGUACGCGCUCAACGGGGUGUCCCACGUCGACCCCGACACGCCCCCAAAGCUCGCCGAGUACUUCAACGCCACCACGGGGGUGUUCGAGUACAACCUCAUCGGAGACACGCCGCCCAAGGAGGGAACCCCCAUCAAGGUCGCCCCCAACAUCCUCACCGCCGAGUUCCGUACCUUCAUCGAGGUCGUCUUCGAGAACCCUGAGAAGAGCAUCGAUUCGUUCCAUCUCAACGGCUACGCCUUCUUCGCCGCCGGCAUGGGGCCGGGGCUAUGGACGCCAGACUGCAGGAAGACAUACAACCUGCUGGACACGGUGAGCCGGCACACGAUCCAGGUGUACCCGAGGUCGUGGACGGCCAUCAUGCUGACGUUCGACAACGCCGGCAUGUGGAACUUGAGGACCAACAUCUGGGAGAGGUACUACAUGGGCGAGCAGCUGUACAUGAGCGUCACCUCGCCCGCGAGGUCGCUCAGGGACGAGUACAACAUGCCAGACAACGGCCUCCGCUGCGGCAAGGUCGUCGGCAUGCCGCUCCCGCCGCCCUACAUCAUCGCCUAAGUAUUUACUAUUAAGCUCCAUCCAUCCAUCCAUUCAGAGCCCACGCACUGUCAGACAAUGAUCAGCGCAUGCAUGCACGCACGCUUAACCGGUGCUAGCUGCUGUACACACAACAACAGGAAGAGCAGGAGUACUUUUUUCGUUUCUCUUUUUUCGUCGUACGCCGCCACGUCUAUUCUUCUUGUCAGCUUAAUUUACUCUCUCCUUCGAGGAAUAAAAAAAAGGGCCGGGGCUCAACUACCUGCUACUGGCCUUGUCAUCGGAAGGGACGAGGAUGCAUGAGAAACAAGGAGAGAUUGGCCGGCGGAUGCGAAUGCCAUACAAUUUUAAGCUCGAUCGGGACGGGACCCCUCUCGGAUCGUACCUUGUAAUAGGAGUUAAUUAAUUCUAUCUGAUCAUUUAAUUUCUCCAAUAAGUCCUUCAGACAAAUUGGUUCUUGUGUGUCUAUAAUAUAUGUACAUGACUAUCUUGUGAUUUUCCUAUUCCAUCUUCUGUUGUCUCUGACUUCCCUUGCAACUUCGUAUAUAUUCUGCUUCA